ACGACCCGGAAGUGCUGCCCUGGCCCCCGGAUGCUGUUCCUGUGGAGUGCCCGGGAGUGCGGGUUAUUGUCGUUACCGAUUAUUGAUCACCGUUACCGAUUACUGUCGAUAAUUAAUUAUCGAACCGGAUCGCUGUGUGACUGCGGGCUCUCUCUACGCUCCCAUGGACUGACCACUGCUCAGCUCGCUUGGUGUUGAUAAACCUGAAGACAUGUUCUCCACAGGAAUGAUGAGGAACUGGAUGUCAUCGUUGACUUUGGGAGCAGCGAGACUGAUCGGCUUGUCAUCAGCUUCCUUAUUUCAGCGAGCUUUCCCAGCAGGAGUUACGCUGCCAGCUCCGGUUUGCCAGCACAACAAACGGACCAUGGCCACCCUCCACCAAAUGCACAAAAUGGGCAAACCCAAGCGUGCCCCCCGCAAGGCAGGGCCCACCUUUGGCCGGCCACAGCUGAAAGGGGUGGUUCUGAAGACCAUGAUCCGCAAACCCAAGAAGCCAAACUCUGCCAAUCGCAAGUGUGCCCGUGUCCGGCUGAGUAACGGCAAAGAAGUAAUUGUGUUCAUCCCUGGGGAGGGCCACAAUCUCCAGGAACACAACAUCGUGCUCGUGGAGGGGGGAAGGACGCAGGACCUCCCGGGUGUCAAGUUAAAAGUUGUGCGCGGGAAAUAUGACUGUGCACACGUCCAAAAGAAAAAGUAGACCUUAGCACUGACAUAGUGUUCGGACAGCGAGCUAAUAAUUAAAGCUGUGGUGCCUCCA